UCGACAUCUUUGUAGAAAUUGCCCUACCUGGUCAACGUUCACGCUCAUAUUUCACUGAUUCUAACUCGCUAAUCUGCCUAUAGAUUGUUUCAACAAGCCGUCCCUUGUCAAGACUGUGAACAGAAAAGUCUACGUGAAUUGUUCGUUGUUUAGUGCAAAGAGAUGGGAAUCAGUCUCGCGUGAACGUUCGUGAGUGGCCGACAAAAAUCAACCGUUUCUGCCAGUUCGGCCUAGCCCUCUCUCCUGCUUGUCAGGGAAUAUGUACCUUGUGACUGGAUCUGCUCAUUAGUGUAAAUUAGUAUCUGACAUUUGGAAGCUGAAAACCAUUUUUACAUUGCUGGUUCCGGUACAACAUGUCAGCUGGGAUGAGGACCACUCUGCCAACUGUUCCUGAAUCCCUACCUUCUGACCAUGUUUCCACUGCCAAGGUUAAGACUACACCGGUCAAGUCACCUCUGCGGCCGGGGUCGGAUGGCAGCAGUGGCGGCGGCGGAGGUGGAGGAGGAGGAGGAGGUUCUGGCAGCGCAUCUGCGUCUGUUCGAAGUUCCUCCCGGCGCACAUCAGAAGAACCACACAUCGGGAAAUAUCGAUUGCUGAAAACCAUCGGCAAAGGCAAUUUCGCCAAAGUGAAACUAGCCAAACAUAUUCCAACUGGCAAAGAGGUGGCUAUCAAGAUCAUCGAUAAAACACAAUUGAAUCAGGGAAGCCUGCAGAAGCUAUUCAGAGAAGUGCGGAUCAUGAAGAUACUGGACCAUCCGAAUAUCGUGAAACUAUUCCAAGUGAUAGAAACGGAGAAGACGUUGUACCUUGUAAUGGAAUACGCCAGCGGCGGCGAAGUCUUCGAUUAUUUGGUGCUCCACGGGCGCAUGAAAGAAAAGGAGGCCCGCGCGAAAUUUAGACAAAUAGUUUCUGCUGUUCAGUAUUGUCACCAGAAAAGAAUCAUUCAUCGAGAUCUGAAGGCCGAAAACUUGUUGUUGGAUAGUGAAAUGAAUAUUAAAAUUGCUGACUUUGGAUUCAGUAACGAAUUCACGCCGGGAAGCAAGUUGGAUACGUUUUGCGGUAGUCCGCCCUACGCCGCGCCCGAACUCUUCCAGGGGAAGAAAUACGACGGGCCCGAGGUGGAUGUUUGGUCGCUGGGAGUCAUUUUGUACACAUUGGUGAGCGGCUCGCUGCCCUUCGACGGGUCCACACUGCGGGAGCUGAGAGAACGCGUCCUGCGAGGAAAAUAUCGCAUCCCUUUUUACAUGUCAACUGACUGCGAAAAUCUACUCAAGAAGUUUCUCGUUCUGAAUCCGACGAAGCGAGCAUCGCUUGAGGCAAUCAUGAAGGACAAGUGGAUGAAUAUGGGACACGAAGAAGACGAACUGAAGCCUUACUCGGAACCGGAAGUUGACUUGUCUGACCAGAAACGGAUAGAAAUCUUGGUUGGCAUGGGCUACAGUCGGACGGAGAUUGAAGACUCUCUGAAAACUCAAAAGUAUGACGACGUCUUCGCCACCUAUCUGCUGCUUGGAAGGAGAUCAACCGAUCUGGAAAGUGAUGGAUCUAGGUCGGGCAGCUCAUUGUCGUUGCGGGGCGUCCCUCCGCGGACGGAUGCUGCGACUGCUGCGUCAGGGCCAUCUUCUGUCCCUUCUUCGGGUCAUUCGUCUCAAUCGGGAUCAGGAACAGCUACAGUCUCUGUUAGCGCUUCGGGUCAACGAAGUGUCCACCGAUCUAUCUCGGCUACAUCGUCCAAGACGGGCCGCCGAGCGUCCUCCGGUGGCGAGACGCGCGAAGCUGCCACUAAUGCCAGUGCCUCGGGUGCCGCCUCCGCUGCUGCCUCCGGUACCAAUGCCGGAGCUACAACGGCUACGGCCGGCAAUCGUGCUUCGACGGCCGCCACGCCCCAGGUCGCCAAUCACAGUUCGGGUGGAGUCGCGCCCACGAACUUUUUCCGCCGUCAAAACACGGUCGACUCGGCCACCAUUAAGGAGACGUCCGCUCGACUGGGAGCGGGUAACGCCUCUAGCGGGGGACCGACAGGCGUCCGGCCACUGGCUUCGCCGGCUGCCAUUAAAAAUGCUACUGCCAACACAACCGGUAACGCCGGAGCUGCUAGUCCGAGUAGCAGCUUAUUCGGUAAACCACGAGGAUUAACGAAAUCGAACACAAUGGCGGCUAACGCCAAUCGCACUCUGGGCCCAGGAACAACUUCGGUAGGACGCCGCUCAACCAUAGGUUACGAAUCAAAGUCUUCCUCGAGUGAGAAAACAAAUGCCAUCGGCAGCGACGCUCUUUCCACGGUGACGGAGACCAAAGUCAAAGGUCAUGUCAAGUCGGCCUCCAUUUCUACAGCGGUGCGAAGCGAACUCAGUCCGGAGAGCGCCUCGCCCGCCCUCGAUCCGCUUCGAAUCAGUGCUGGACGUACGGUGAGUGGGGCACCGAGUACGGCGGGAGGAUCGUCGGGUGCGGGAACACCGACCGGAUCAGGAUCAAGCACCAACCGUUUCACGACGGGACCGUUCCCCCGCAACGUCCCCAGUCGUUCGACAUUCCACAGCGGGCAAAACCGCCCCCGAAACCAGGCGGCCACGUACGGCGGUGCGGCCGGUGGAGGAAUGGCCGGUGCUGACUCGUCCGGUUUGGGACCAUCGUCACGCACCUCUUUCUUCUCGAAGCUGUCUUCGCGCUUCUCUAAACGUAGUAACGUAAAUGAUGACCAAGUGAAGCCGCGAUCCCUACGCUUCACGUGGAGUAUGAAGACUACUUCCUCGCGCGACCCUAAUGAAAUCAUGAUGGAAAUCCGCAAGGUUCUUGACGCCAACAACUGCGACUACGAACAACGCGAGAGGUUCCUCCUCCUCUGCGUCCACGGCGACCCAAAUACCGACUCCCUUGUCCAAUGGGAAAUCGAGGUAUGCAAACUACCUCGCCUCUCCCUAAAUGGUGUCCGCUUCAAGCGCAUCUCUGGAACGUCGAUCGGAUUCAAAAACAUUGCUUCUAAAAUAGCCAACGAACUGAAACUGUGACUACCAGUCGCCUCUGACAAUUCCGAUUCAGAGCACGAUUGAAGAAAAAGAAGAAAAGAAAGAAAGAAAAAGACAAAAAAAAAGAAAAAAACAGAGUUUAAAAAAUCUGAAAAAAGCAAACGGAAAGAGAGAGAGAAAAAAAUGCAAAUACUUGUACAACAUUUUUAUGAGGAGCGCGCGAGCUAGCUCUUUAAUGGUGUCCAGUUUCCGAGUGAAAAA